AUGGCGCGAGACAGGGACCUGGACAACGCAUCGUCCGGCGGCCAAUCAACGCGACCUCCCCUCAACCACCAGGACAGCGACUCUCACAGCGAUACCACAAACACCUCGGGAGUUCCGUCUCACCAUCAUCGCACAAAGCAUCACCAGAAGCAUCACCACGUUGGUCACGCCGGUCGCCUGCACGCCCGCGUCCCUUCCUCAAAAGCCGUCCACAAACAGCAUGGCAACGCUCAUGCGCACGCUCAUGCCCACAACCCAAAGCUGAAUCGACGACCUACCUCGCCGACCGAAUUCGACGAAGCUGCCCAGACUGCCCAUCGCCCGCCGCCCCAUCGCCGAGCGACCAGCGAGGUCAAGCUCGCCCGUCAAUCCUUCACUGCCAAUCUGCCCAAGAGCUUGUCGCACACUACUCUGAAGCGCAACCGCUCGCACGUCGAGGUUGGCAAGCGCUCUCGGUCGUCGGACAAGCUCAAACGAACCUCGAGCGGCACGGGUAUCCAUACGGGCAUACAUAAGCAGCCAACCAAACCCAGCAGGAUCCAGGUGCAUUUCGACCUGGGCAGCGAUGAUCCUGAAGACGAGUGGGUUGAUGCCAGCGGCUCCAAUUCGCCAUACCUGUCACGCAAAGGCUCGCUCAACAGCAGCGCUCAAUCGUCUCUGAGGCAAGGACCCAGCGCCGAGAACUCGCGGCCCGUGACCCCGAGUACUAGUUCCAAAUCUCACGAAGCAGAGCCUCCAUCACCCAACCGUGCAACGUCUCACCACAAAGAAUACCUCACCUCUCGCCUCUUACAACGAACCCCGUCACACGGUGCACCACCCCAGAUGACUGUCGACAUUGCCAAUGCGGCACCGGCGCAAUUGUCCCGCUCCGUCAGCUCGACUGGUCGCAACGCAACGCCCUCGGCAGAUAGCCAUCAAGAUGAGCUAGUCUCCCGAUUUGUCGAUACUGCCGGCUCUGCCUUGGCAAGCCAAGGAUCGUUUUAUCGUCCAGCUCACGGUCCCGGCCAAGAGUCUGAGGAUGUCCCCCGAAGGCCUGGCUCGAUGGCAAAUCUUGAUCGCGCGCUCAAGAGUGACGAUGCAAGUCCAAUGCCGACGCCGGUGUUGGUGCCACCAGCUGAAAUCGACAACAGCGCCUUGGUACCAAAGGCCGACAGGCGAAUGGGAGGCCCUUCGGCGGAAACAUCGCGCACACAGCAGAAGCUGAAUUUGCAGCGCGCCAGUUCAGUAUUGGAGCCUGCCCAAGCAUUGACAGGGGCAGUGGGCGCGGUUGGGGCAAGCCCCUUGAUUGGCAUUGGAGGUCCCGGCUACGACGGGGGAAACAGCCGUGAUCCUCGCAUCGGCAAACUGCUGGAACGGACUGGUAUGGAAUACCUCGUCGUUCGACGAUACCAAAACCCCGUUGCUCGGUCUCUGAACCGUCUAAGUCGCCUUCCAGGGAUGGCGAAGACGCGAAGAAUCCCACGAACGACUCCUGGCUCUGUCAACGGCAAACGAAGCAUGGAUCUCAAUGCUCGACAUGCUCGGGAUGCCAGCACGCCGGAUUCACGCCACAUCAUUCCCAAGUCUGGUGCAUCGAGCAGAGCCAACGGAGCGAGUUGCAGCUUCGACGCAGAUGACGUUGCCAAACUGAACGAACGAUUAAGCGGGGCGAGCCUAGUUGCGGUCGGAGAGGAGGAUGGCACGAACGCCCUCCUCCGUAACCUAUGGGACAAAUCGAUGGAUCUCAGCGCCAGCACCGACUAG